AUGCAUCAAAUUGGAUUUGAGUAUAAAAUGAUCGAUCACAGAUUACGAUUAAUGGAAAGACAAGAUAUUGUUGAACAACGUAAAAAGUAUUUGAAACGAAAGAAAGAAAUUGAUGCCACCAAUAAAAAUGUCGUGUUUUUGGACGAAACUUGGGUCAAUAAAAAUCACCAAAAGCAGAAGGUUUGGACCGACGGCACCGUCAAAUCGAGACCAAAUUGCAAAAUCGGAAAGGGUGAUCGUUUAAUUAUCACGCACGCUGGAUCCAAGGACGGAUUCGUGCCGAAUGUUUUAAAUAUCUUUUGGUCAAAUACCGGACAAGCGGAUUACCAUCAAGACAUGAAUGCAGAAUAUUUUGAAAAAUGGUUUGUUGAGCAACUUUUAGUAUCAUUGGAAGAGCCAAGUGUCAUAAUUAUUGAUAAUGCCAAAUACCAUUCAAGGAGACUCGAUGCUGUACCUACGUCCAGUUCGAGAAAAGGCGUCAUAAUAGAAUGGCUAACCAGCAAAAAAAUCAAGUUCCCUCAAAAUGCAACCAAAGUUCAACUAUACGACAUAGUUAAAGCUUUUAAGCCAUUCAAUGUCGAGUACUAUAUUGACAAAAUUGCAGAAGAGUAUGGUCAUGAAGUUCUAAGGCUCCCUCCUUAUCAUUGGUUAACCCUUUACGAGCUUCAUGCUGCAAUAUUUGUGGCAUCACAACACAAAUUCAAAGCUGGUCUCAUGGAUAAGGAGGAGCUGAAAGAGAAAUUGGAGGUGGUAAUAAAUUUACUAACAGAAUCCAAGGAAAUUCUAGAGUUUGACAGUCCCAGCUCUGUCACUGGACACAUUGGAACCACGAUAGCCAAGAGUUUGGAAGCAGCGAACAACACGUCUGUGAAGCUGUACCUGGGUUUGAGUGCACUGCUGCAACCCACCGUCCAGCUUCCUACCGCCAACCGCCGCCUCUCUUCCUACCCGCAGAUGCCACUUCCAAAAAACCUUGUACAUCGACUUCUCUAA